GAGGCAGUCUUGCGGGCACCUCCUCCCGCAGCCCACAGUCUGCAGCUGAGUCCUGCCUCUUCUCAGGUGGGCCAUGGCCAGGACUUGGCUGCUGCUUCUCCUGGCCCUCGGGUGUCCAGCCCUGCCCAUAGAUCUUAUUUCCUUCCCUUCCUCCCCAGCGGUAACCACUCUCCUGAGGCUGGCACAACAAGGUGUGGGCGGCACACCCUUCCCCUCUCUGGCCCCACCAAUCACGCUGCUGGUGGAUGGGAAGCAGCAGACGCUGGUGGUCUGCCUGGUCCUCGAUGUUGCACCCCCUGGCCUUGAGAGCCCCAUCUGGUUCUCAGCUGGCAAUGGCAGCUCGCUGGACGCCUUCACUUACGGCCCUUCCCCAGAGGCUGACGGCACCUGGACUAGCUUAGCCCAGCUCUCCCUGCCCUCUGAGGAGCUGGCAGCCUGGGAAAACUUGGUUUGCCACACUGGGCCCGGGGCCGGCGACCACAGCCAGAGCACACGGCCCCUCCAGCUGUCAGGAGAGACUUCCUCAGCCAGAACCUGCCUCUGGGAGCCUCUCAGGGGGACGCGGGGCCAGGCGCUGCGGCUGGGGGCGCUGCGACUGCUGCUUUUCAAGCUGCUGCUGUUUGACGUGCUCCUGACCUGCAGCCGCCUCCGUGCCCUGCCCUCCACGCUGGGGGACUCCGGGCUCCCCGCGCCCCCCAGGGCCCCCCUGGAGCCCCGCCGUCUCCCGCAGCCUCCGCCCGCAGCAGAGCCUUCAGCUCCAGCCACCUGGAUUCGCCGCAGUGCUGGGGGGACGGCAGGCCCGGGGCUCACCCUGUCGCUGCAGCCCCGCCUUCUCGGCUGGGAGUCCAGGAGCCCGGUGUGGGAGGAGGGGACGCUCCCUACCCACCGAGCCUGGGCCUGGUGCUCGUGAGUCACCCUGAAUUCCUGCCUCAAGCCUUGCAAUCUUUGUGUGUGACCUGCCUCCUAUUGCAGAUGGAAAUUUCCGGCGCUGGGGUUUGUCUCCCGCCUCGGAUUGAGGGCCUUCUGAGGGAGAAGGCUGUAUCUCUCCCAUCAGACCGGGAGCCGCUUGAGGGCGGGGAUCCACAGGUACAGGGACCCUUGAGGUGCAGAGAACUGAGAAGAAUUAAAGGGGAACUUAAAUGACACAAACAAAUGAAACAUAUUUUAAUUCACGUCUGCCCUGGGAGGAGGGGAUUUGGCAGAUUUUUAAGAAGCAGAAAUCUGGGAGGGCUCCCUUGAGGAAGAGGGCUUCCUGAGGGUGAGACUCUGGGAACUGUAGAGUAAUGCCAGGGUUUGGGGAAGAUGCUGUCCUACCUCUGUCUCCUUCUCCGCAGGCAG